UGAAAGUCUGCUGGAAGUGAUCACCUGACUUUCCCACUGUAAAGACAAGUUUGCAGGACACGUUAGCCUUACUGGAUAAAUGUGAGAAGUAAGUUCCGCCCCUUCUUCAGCUUCAUUUGACAGCCACCAACUUUUGUUCCCUGUUCACUGGAACUGAUAAUUUCCCAGAACCUGAGACAGCUGUUUGCUCUGUGUGCUCUCACCUGCCGAUGAGAUUUCCAGAUGAACUGAAGAGAGUAAAAAGCUAGUCUGGGGAAACAAUGGCUGAAUCGCAGCUUGACUGCUUGGAUGAUAAUCACAUUAACGAAAGAAUUCCUGACUCCAGAGCUGAAUUUUACUACAGUGAACAGCAAAGAUUAGCUAUUGAUGAGUUAAUAGAAAAAGGUGAACAUGAGUUUAAAGAAAAAGUCAAAAAGGAGAAAAUGAAGGAAUUUCUGUCAGCCAAAGAACUAAAAAUGUUAAGGAAACACUGGCGCAAAUAUGAUAUCACAGGAAAGGAAGGGGGUGAUUCUCAGAGUAAGGACCACGAAGGAGAGGAAUCUUUAUACUGGCCAGUGAUGUCAGAUGUAGCAAUCCCAUCACUGGAUCUAGGGUGGCCACUUGGUGGAUAUUAUAAGGGGGUCACACGAGUGAAUGUAUACGUGCAUCCCCCAAAAGAAAAUACACCACACAUAAAGGCAGUGGUCCGGAAACUAAUACAAGAUGCUCAAAAGGUCAUUGCUGUAGUGAUGGACCAGUUUACAGACAUGGAUAUAUUCCGAGACAUGAUAGAUGCUGGAUGUAAGCGUAAAGUCCCUGUGUACAUCAUCCUCGAUGAAGGUGGGCUACAGUACUUCCUGGAGAUGUGCCAGAGGAUGGAGCUUUCUGACUUCAUGGUCCGGAGCCUUCGAGUGCGCACUUUACCUGGGGUUGGCUUUCUUACAACAACUGGGAAAAUCCAAGGAUGUCUUUCCCAUAAAUUUAUGCUGAUCGAUGGCGAUAAAGUGAUGUCAGGUUCUUACUGUUUUACAUGGACUGCCUCUCGUAUUGAUCGAAACAUCAUCACAGUAAUGACUGGACAGAUAACGGAAAAUUUUGACAUUGAGUUCAGGGAACUAUAUGCCAGUUCAGAGGAAGUGAACUUACACAAAGAGCUGAACAUUCCUCAGUACAAACCACAUGUAGUGUCCAAAUCACAACCUACUAACAAACCUACAGUUCCUGCACCAAAUCCUUAUUCAACUGCUCUAGCACAGAAACUGAUGGUUAAUCCUAAAUAUGCUCUGGUCCAAGGUAUUAACGUGACUUCUAAUGACAUAAUUAGCACCUCUUCCUCUUCUCGUAAACCAGUCACAGGUCUGGACUUGAAAACAGAGGAUGCAAACUCAAGAAUCCAGCGAUAUCUGGAUACCAUAGUAGACACAAAAGAGGAGGAGCCUCCUAUGCCAGAGUGCAUACCAGACACUGGAAAGAAAAAGCGAACACCCACUUUUUUAGAAAGAAACAAAUCACAAGAUGGAAAAAAGGGUGAAAAGGAUAGGACAGAAACAGCCAAUGGUCCUGUCACUGGGGAGGCUAACUUCAGACACAGCAAAAGAAUGUUUUCAUCUUUCUUUAAGACUAAAGAUAGAAGCAGUUCAAGAGGGAAGAGACCCAGUCAGACUGACCUGCCUAACGGAGACAUCCUAUCAGCUUCUUCUAUAGCUAGUGCGGCUACACAUGAAGGCAGCUUUGUCAUUGUAGAAAAUGAAGAGGAACAGUUGGGCCCACAGAAUACCACUGGGCCUGCCAAAAUAACAAAAGAGAAAUUUGGAAGUCGCAUAAGUGCUUCUCUGCAAUCUCUUGUCUUGGGAGCCAGAGAAAGUUUAGCAGGAGAUGUGAGCCCAACGUCCAACAAAUUGAAAAGACGACCUUCAAAAAGAGGCGGUUGCACCCAGUCCUGAGGCUUCUUCAUAAAAAAAAAAAAAAAAAAAAAGCUGACACAUCAAUUGCCAUAAUGAUUCCAUAAAAACUUUUUUAAAGAAAGAAAAUUAACUACUAAAUGGAUACCAGCAUAUGGGUCAGCAUAGGUCUCAACCUUCUGUCCCCAAAAUGUGAAACACUACCUCUCAUAAUAAGGAAACAAUGGGCAAAAUGGGGAAUAUUUACUAGCAAAUUCAACUGGGAAGCUCACAGCAUGGUUAAAAACUGCAACUUCAUACAUACACAGUCUGUUUUGAUGAUGUAAUAUGAUUCAAUAUGAAUGUAUGUGACAAAUGUUUUAAUGUGGAACAUGAAACUUUUAAGAUUCAGAAUGAGGAACAGUUCUUCGUGAUGAGGUGCAAUUGAUAGGUCUGUUUUGUGCAAUAUUGCUUUGUUCACAAUGUUUCCUUUUUAAUGUGAUUUUUUUGAAGCUCUCUUGUAAUACAUUGUUCAUUUGCCAAUGCCUUUCAUCAACCAGCUCAUCUGCAAUCAAGAUGGAAAGACUGACCAAUAUCUCAAGAGACUUUGUUAAUGUUGUGGUAUGGUUUUGUGUAAUAAUUAAUUCCUUCAUAAUUUUUCUUCUUAAUGAAUUAUAGAGUCAAGAGGAGUCCCAAACCAACCUUAAAAUGCCACUAAUCACAGUAAAAUAAAUAGAUAGCACCUGUCACUAAAGACCUGAAAAUUCUAGAACAUCUGGACUGUUUCUGUGGUUUCACUACAACUGUUUUUUUCUUAAAGGUAGUUUUCACUGGACAAUAUUUUUUAACUCGGUCUAUACUGAAAAAGAGACUUUCAAAUACUGUCCUGCACUUUUUUUUCAUUUUCCAAUAGCUGAGUCAUUCUGUAAUUUAAAAAUGCAACACUUUCAAAUAGAAUACUUUUAGUAAUAGUUUUCUGAUCUGUUUACAUAAAUGGUUUAGAAAAGGACUUGUGAAACUGAAAUUAUCUUCUGCUAAGAGAAGUCAGCCUUGUGUGCUUUUGACACCAAUGGUUUAAAAAAGAACUUGUGAAAUUGAAGUUUUUGGCUAACAGAAGUCAGUCUUGUGUGCUGUUUACAAAAGGGAUGAUUUGAAAAGGCUGUGAGUGAUUUCUGACUUACUGAAAUUCUUCCAAACAUUCCUGAACUAUUUUUGGUUUACCAAAGGAUUAUUUUUAUAUUUUAGACCAGAACCAAGUCAGGGGCAGAUUAAAGUUCACUAAGCAAUGGAAUCCCUGUUUAACUCCUUUUGUAAGGUUUUAUUUGUGACAUCCAAUAUUUAAAUCUGUUGCUUUACAUGUUACCAGCAUUAAAAAAAAAAUAAAACAUCAUUUUUUAAAGUA